AUCAACGUCUUUCGCUCUCUUUCAGAAUUUUCCUCAACACUUUGGGCACAACAUAGAGAACAAAAGAUGAGCAGACGACGAAGUACAAUCAUGGGCAGCAGAAGCUGUCGGAGCAGUUGUCAUUUGACAGGCAUUGCCUGUGUGAUGGCCCUGCUGCAGCUGGUGACACCCGGCCAGGGACACACACAUCCUGUGCUCACAUACAAGAAUGCUUCGACGCAGUUGGGCCAGUUGGUCACAUCGAGCACUCUGGUCUGGGAGACGUACGAUCCGAAGGACUCCAAGCAAAUGCAGUCGGCUGUCGAGGGCGGCAAAUACAUCUCGGAUGAGGAGCACUAUCCCAUCUAUGUGUGCCGCGUGACCAUCGAUGGAGUGCGCACCUCUGGCCACACCGAGAAGAAGCAGCAGCGGCACGUCUGCGUUGCAGAGCUCUUCAAGCACGCCAUCAAUGAGAACUUUGAUGUGCUGAUGAACCGUGGACACCUGGGCAAGAUCGCUUGGAAGCAUUGGACGAAGUUCAAUGCGGGCAUCCCGGUCGGCGCCAUUCUCAUUGGCGAUGAGUCCUACAUAGCGCGCCAUCGUGCAGUGCAUCCGCCGAAUGCUGAGGGCGGCGAAUCGCAUCGCGGUGCGGACUACAAUUUGGGACGACUGGAGCCCGUAGGUCUGGGCAAAAUCAAGGUGGCGGAGAACGAUCGGGAAAAGUACUAUGACGAUGGCGAAGUACUUGUGGAAACGGAGCCCUUCAGCUAUGAGCUGCGAGACAUCAAGCUGGACCGGCUGCGCACCAGCCUGCGCGAGAAUAUGACAGAGCUGGCCACCAGCGUUCUGGAGAACCGAGGCGACACUUACGCCACUAUGGAGAAGAUAAUUAGCUACAGCUUUGACUAUCUGCAGUACUGGGGCUCGCAUGAGGGCGUGGCCAAGGGCCUGCCCACCAAGAUCUACGAGAAGAAUGUGGCCACGCCCGCCGAAAUCAAUUGGGCUCUGAAACGUAGCGAGAAGCGGCAUGAGAAUAAGGCCGUGUUCAGCAAGCUCUGGCCAGGCACGGCCAUCAAUGUGACGCUGCUCGGCAACUAUGUGACUCUUGAGGCGCCCUACACCGCAAAGCUGUCCGCCUUCUACUACGACAGCGAAAGCGUUUCGCGCAAAAUCAGCGCCGAGGUGCGCAAGAGCUAUUUGAAGGAUGUGAAGAUGGAAUUUAGUCCGGUUUAUUGGAUCGAGAAUGGCACGCUGGUGCCAACAACCACCACCACGUCAACCACAUCGACUACGACACAUGCGACCACAACCAGCACCAACGAGCCCACGCCCAUACAUGAGCCGCCCAUGGUGCGCGUCGAGCAUGUGGGCGAUAAGCAUUCCGGACCCGAUUCGCUGGAGAAAACUUUGAACGAUUCAACCUCAACGAAUGAGGUCAACUCACAUGAAGCACCAGAGAACAUGUCCUCCAAGGAUGCAGCGCUCGCUGGCUUUGGAGUGGGCGGCAGCAACAACGCGAUAGCCACAAUACAGGCGACAGGAUAUGCAGUGAUGGCGCUCGUCUCGAUAAUGCUGUUAAAUCUGUAGAUGGGCUUUGGGAGGGUCUCCCUCAAUUAGCAUAGCGUUUAAUUGUUGUUGUUGUACCUGUUGUACCCGUCUUUGAGAGCGUGUCGUGUCUCGUAGGCAUAUGUAGAAGACACCGGCCCCAAAAUGGAAAGAUAGGCAGACAUAAUUAAUAAUUGAUAUAUAGGACGCCACAAACGAA